AAUAUUAUAAACUGUACCUUUGUAUUAAGCAUUUUAGCUUCAUUAGUUGCUAACUUAGUUGGUGACUCUUUUCAAAGUACUUUUUAAUUUACUAAAAUAAUAUUUAAUUAGUAUAAUGGAAGUUUUUCCUAAAAAAGAAACCAUCGCCCUUAGGCAGAAAUUGAUUGGCCCUUCCUGUCAACUAUUCUUUAAAAAUGACCCGCUAAAAAUCGUGCGUGCAAAGGGCCAAUAUAUGUACGAUGAAAAUAAUAAUGAAUAUUUGGACUGCAUAAACAAUGUAGCACAUGUUGGCCACUGUCACGACUCAGUAGUAAACGCCGGCAGCCACCAAAUGGCACUUUUAAGCACCAACAAUCGCUAUCUUCACGACAAUAUUGUAAUCUGCGCUCAGAAAAUCGUUGAUACGCUUCCCGAUAACUUGGAGGUCUGUUUCUUCGUUAAUUCCGGCUCAGAAGCCAACGAUCUAGCUCUGAGACUAGCUCAGAUCCACACGGGCAAUAAAGACGUUAUCACCCUUGAACACGCUUACCAUGGCCACUUGACAUCUUUAAUUGACAUUUCUCACUACAAGUUCGGCCUCCCUGGAGGUGUUGGCCAAAAGGAACAUGUGCAUCUGGCAUCCUGUCCAGAUACAUACCGAGGAAAAUACCGUGAUGACCAGUACCCCGCCGAAGAACUGGGAACUUUGUACGCCAACGACGUGAAGGACCUAUGUAACAUUGCUCAAGAAAAUGGAGGAGGUGUAUCCGCAUUUAUCGCGGAAAGUUUGCUAAGCUGCGGAGGACAAGUUAUACCGCCGAAAAGCUACUUCAAGCAAGUCUACGAACACGUAAGGAAAGCUGGAGGAAUUUGUAUUGCCGAUGAGGUCCAAGUAGGAUUUGGACGAGUAGGCAAGAACUGGUGGGCUUUCCAAGACUACGAUGUGAAACCAGACAUCGUUACGAUGGGUAAGCCAAUGGGAAAUGGACAUCCUGUUGCUUGCGUGAUUACCACAAGGGCAAUCGCUACUAGUUUCUUCAAUACCGGCGUUGAAUAUUUCAAUACUUAUGGAGGUAAUCCGGUUUCCUGCGCAAUUGCCAACGCCGUUUUUGACACAAUCGAAAGAGAGAAUCUUAUAGAAAAUGCACAUGCCGUAGGUAAAUACCUUCUUGAACGUUGUCAAAUGUUGGGACAAAAGCAUAAGUACGUGGGAGAUGUUCGGGGAGUGGGACUUUUUGUUGGAAUUGAUUUAGUCGAAGACAGAGAGACAAGGAAACCACAUAAACAAUGUGCACAGAUGGUUGUGCAAAGAAUGCGAGAAGAGCAUAUCCUAGUAAGUUCAGAUGGGCCAGAUUGCAACGUAAUUAAGUUCAAGCCACCAAUGGUGUUCACGAAAGAAAAUGUAGAUAAAUUAGUGUCAACGUUAGACGAAGUGCUUAAAGAAUUCAGACAAAAGGAGAAACUAGAUGCCAAGAUGAAAAGUUUACAAAAUCUGGUGCCAUCUAUUAUUGCAGAGCAUGCCAGCAAAGGGCAAAGACAGCCAAUGGUCAGACCUAGUUAUAAGGAGAACACCAAAUCUAUAUAGAGUAUUUAUUUUAAUUGUUAGUUUAUUUUUUUAAUGUACAGAUUAAGGCUCUAGGUAUUUUUUUAUUUAUUAUUUUGUUCGUUGAGGAUGUUAUUUUAUUUUUACUUAUAUUAAGUAAUAAAAACUAAACUUUUUCACUACAA